AGAGACCUGGACCUGAGUAACAACGACCUGCACAAUUCAGGACUGAAGCAGCUGUCUCCUGGACUGAAGAGUCCUCACUGUCCUCUGGAGACUCUCAGUCUGUCGGGCUGUCUGGUCUCAGAGGAAGGCUGUGCUGCUCUGGCCUCAGCUCUGAGCUCCAACCCCUCCCAUCUGAGAGAGCUGGACCUGAGCUACAACCAUCCAGGAGACUCAGGACUGAAGCGUCUGUCUGCUGGACUGGAGGAUCCCCGGUGGAGACUGGCCACUCUCAGGUAUGAAGAGGCCUGCUGAAGCCACAGACACUCAGUCUGUUAGAGGAGGUCCACUGUCAGCCUGGCUCAUGUGACCCUGACACACCAAGCUGACCUCAAACAGACACAGCUGAUCAACAAACGCUUUGUUCCCACAUCAGAGCGUCAGCACAGACACAAGCAGUCAGGGAACAGCAGUCAGGGAACAGCAGUCAGGGAACAGCAGCCAGGGAACAGCAGUCA